CCACGCGGCCUCGCCAGUCGGUCAACAGCCGGCGAUCGCAGCGGGCAGUCGGACCGUUCCGCACUCUUCACCCGGACGCGACCACACGCAGCCAAGAUUUUCGACCGCCAGUACCACUCACCUUCCAAGGUGUUGAAGUUAGAGGACGACCCGUGGGGGUCGUGUGCGAUGUACUCGCCGGAUAAGAUGAAAUCCGGCGGGGGGCUGAUGGGCCCGCCCGGGUGCUUCCCGGGCCGGUACAGCCCCACGUACCGGAGCCCCGACCCGCGCCGCUGCAUGCCGAACCCUUCUAGUCGGAUACUGGAGGAUGCUUCACUUAUGUGCAAUUCAUGGUCACCUCGACAUAAUGGGGACAUCUUCAACAUAAACGACGGGCUGCUGAGCAGAGCGGAGGUGCUGGCGUCAGUGGAGGCCAGCAAGCACCAGAGCCCGCAGCCGGGGCCCGCGCUGCCGCAGCUCAAGCACGACAUGGUGUACCACCACCCGCCUCCGAGCCACAACGCCAGGCCGCACCAGCCUUUCUUCUCACAGAUGGGUCACCACGGCAUGGAGGGUCUCGACAUGCUGGAGCCCUCGGCCUCCAUCACCACUCUGGGGGGCAUGGGGGAAGUCCCCCCUUCCCAUCAUCAGCUUCACGGGUAUGGGUCAAUGAACGUGAUGCCGCACCACCACGGCGGCGGGCUGGGCCACGCGCCGACGCACCUGCCGCACCCAGGGGCAGCCCUGCAUCCUGACGCGGACACUGACCCCAGGGAACUGGAAGCCUUUGCUGAGCGCUUCAAGCAGAGGCGUAUAAAGCUAGGGGUGACACAAGCCGACGUGGGCAAGGCGCUGGCGAACUUGAAGCUGCCUGGAGUGGGAGCUCUGUCUCAGAGUACGAUCUGCCGCUUUGAGAGUCUAACCCUGAGUCAUAAUAACAUGAUUGCGCUCAAGCCGAUACUGCAAGCGUGGUUGGAGGAAGCGGAGGCGCAGGCAAAGAACAAGCGUCGAGAUCCAGACGCGCCGAGCGUCCUCCCGGCCGGCGAGAAGAAGAGGAAGCGGACCUCCAUCGCCGCGCCAGAGAAACGCUCCCUCGAAGCCUACUUCAUGGUGCAGCCCCGGCCUUCAGGGGAGAAGAUCGCGGCCAUCGCGGAGAAACUCGACCUCAAGAAGAACGUCGUCAGGGUGUGGUUCUGCAAUCAGCGCCAAAAACAGAAGAGAAUGAAGUUCGCCGCGCAACACUGACCGGGAGCACCCGGCGCGCUACUCUACCCGCCCGGGUAUGGGUACUAGGCGUCUCUCCACCAUCACAUUGGACCUGAUAUCAUAAGGAACGAUCCAACUGCUGCGCUGCCGUAAUGCCGUAUUAGAGUGAGGCCCCAUUAGUGCGUUGCGUCGCAAUGGAACGGUCAUCAAAUAUAUUAUGUCGGCAACGACGUAGCGACGACGUAACGCACCAAUGAAGCCUGGCCCUUAGCUAUCCAGUUUAGUUUACAAUAAAUUAUUAUAAUUACACAUCGUGGUG